AUGAAAGGUUUUUUGGUACGGAACACAGUGAUUCCUUAUAAUUCCUGCUUCAUAUAUCUAGAACGUGUGGUUGCAAGAUUGCUAACUCGAUAUUCUAAAGUUCGUAAACCAGGCUCCAGUUCUAAAGAAGGUCUUGAAUUCACCCAGCCCAGUACAUGGCUGAUCCCGUUCAACAACACAGUGACAGUAGAAAACACUAAAAUCUACUCAGUUGGAUUUAUUUGCAACAGUUCAGCAGUUGUAAAUCUCCCGAUGACACACUCUUUCAAUAAUUUGAACUGCCCAGACAACGGAGUUACUGUUGGAAAUAACUCUACCUUUGACCCUCUCGACCCUAAAGUUUACAAAUCUUGUCUUGACGUCAUCAGCGAUGAACCAAGAAAGGUUGUGACCCUUACAUCCGGGCUAGUCGUCAUGUGUGACACAGUGACAGACGGUGGAGGAUGGACCAUCUUCCAAAGACGUGUGUCUGGGACCGUAGAUUUCUACCGCGGCUGGGAGGAGUACAAACACGGGUUUGGGGAUUACAGCAUUGGGGAAUUUUACCUGGGCAAUGAAAAUAUUUUCUGUCUGACUUCUAAAGCUGCCCACGAACUUCGGAUUGAUCUAGUCUACAACGGUACCUACUACGCCAAAUACUCUAGCUUUAAACUGUCCAACGAGUCUUUAGGCUACAAGCUUUCUAUUUCUGGUUACAAUGGCGACGCUGGAGAUUCUUUGAUAUUUCACAACAAUCAUAUGUUUUCUACCUUUGAUAGAGAUAACGACGAAAGAGACUUUAGUUGCGCGGUACGGUAUAUUGGGGCAUGGUGGUAUGCUGCUUGUCAUACCUCAAACCUAAAUGGUCAAUGGGGAAACAACAACUUUGGUCAAGGGUUGACCUGGUAUAAUGUAACGGGCUUUUACAAUGGUACGGAGCUCGCUGAGAUGAAAAUAAGAUCAAUGAAAAAUUAA